CUGCCUCCAUUUCUUCCCCUUCUAUUUGCCAGGAGGUGAUGGGACCAGUGGCCAUGAUCUUAGUUUUUUUGAUGUUGAGCUUCAGACCAUAUUUUGCGCUCUCCUCUUUCACCCUCAUUAAAAGGUUCUUUAAUUCCUCUUAAUGUUUUUUGUUACCUUGGUUUGUGGUUGGCGCGCGCGUGUAUCUAAAGUAAAAUUUGCCGCCUAACUACUCCGGAGCUUUCAAGGCAGCCUACAAAACAGCUAAGAGUAUAUUGGUAUAUGGAGACUUACUGACUGGCAUUUUGUAUUAUUUGUGUUUAAUUGCAAAUACGCAGGUUGAGUUUAGGGGCUGAACACUCGCCAUAAAGUUUGAUGCUCCAGGCAAUCUGUUUAUUGAACAUUCAUCCUGAUUGGUUUGUGGAGAGGUUAUUUAAUGUCCAGUUAUUUCCUCCGCCGCCCGCCCCCCAUCUGGUUUCCAGAGCAUUUGUAGCCCAAAAGUUCCAGGCUUGGGUUUUUUUGUUUUAAGUGGGUGCCAAAGCAACUUUUAAUUGUGCAACCCGAAUUUUUUUAAUAUGUGUUUGGCGCAACUCCAGAUCUCCGGAGAGACACAGCCAACACCCAAAAUUCUGCUAGCUUACAAACGCCCAAAAGUCAACUGAGUCUUGGUCUCAAACACAGACACCUAAGUAUUACAACAUUACCUGGAAGGGGGAUAAAUAUAGACCCUUUUUCAGGUAUUCACUUGCCAUUCAAAAGACUUAUGGAAGAUCAUUAACAAGUAGUUCCCACAUCACCUGUAGUACAAGAGAGAUAAAUAGUACUUAUAAAGUUAUGAUUAUACCAGUGCACCCCUAGAGUAUUUGAAGCCUAAAGGAGAAAAAUAUCCCCUUUUUCCUUCUGUCAAAAGUAGCAAAGGGAGGCUAACUAUGCUUACCCUAUUAAGGAACAUUGGGCCACUUCACAGAAAAAUAACUUCUACUUAAAGGACAUUGUGUCCAUUGGAAGCAUGUAGGUACCGGUAGAACAUGAGUUGCUUGUAUGACAGAAUGCUUAUUUAGUGAACCUUUCAUAGGACGUGUUACCUGCCAGUGUUGCAUCAGUGUAUUUUUGGCUUCCUGCUAUUGCAUAUUCAACAUGGCUGUUCUUCUGAAACAGACAUUUACACCCUGAUCUUUCUCUCUCUCUCUCAAAACUUGAGGUGAUUAAAAUGGAGGACUCAAUGGGACGUUACGACUUCUACAUCGGACUGGGCCUGGCUCUCAGCUCUAGCCUGUUCAUUGGAGGAAGUUUUAUCCUAAAGAAGAAGGGACUUCUCAAGCUAAGUAGCAGAGGUGCUCUCAGAGCAGGUCUAGGGGGUCAUGCAUAUCUGAAGGAAUGGAUGUGGUGGGCAGGGCUGCUAACUAUGGGAAUUGGAGAAGUUGCCAACUUUGCUGCAUAUGCUUUUGCCCCAGCAACACUGGUCACUCCUCUAGGAGCACUAAGUGUUUUAGUCAGUGCAGUUUUAGCCUCCUACUUCCUGAACGAGCACCUAAACAUCCAUGGGAAGAUCGGCUGUAUCCUUAGCAUUUUAGGCUCCACUGUGAUGGUCAUCCAUGCCCCACAGGAGGAAGAGGUCUCCAGCCUGGAGUCAAUGGCGGAGAAACUAAAGGAUCCAGGGUUUAUAGUGUUUGCUGUGUGCAUGCUGGUGAGUUCAGCUCUUCUCAUCUUUGUGGCUGGGCCUCGCUAUGGACAUAGCAACGUCUUAGUGUAUGUUUUGAUCUGCUCUGCCAUUGGUUCGCUCUCUGUCUCAUCUGCGAAAGGCUUGGGUAUUGCCCUGAAAGAACUGUUUGCUGGGAAGCCUGUCUGGAAGGAACCGUUGAGCUAUUUGCUUUUUAUUUGCCUUGUGAUCUCCAUCAGCGUCCAGAUCAACUACCUGAACAAGGCGUUGGAUAUCUUCAACACAUCUGUAGUCACCCCCAUCUAUUACGUCCUCUUCACCACAGCAGUUAUGACUUGCUCUGCCAUUCUGUUCAAGGAGUGGCAGCAUCUGGUUCUGAUGCACAUCAUUGGCACCAUCAGUGGCUUCCUCACCAUUGUCCUUGGCAUCUUCCUACUGCAUGCUUUCAGAGACAUCCCCUUCACUGCAGACCUGCUGCCUCUUUUCCUGAAGGAUAACCAAACAAAUGUGCGAGCAGCUUCUUGGAGAAAGGGGGGCAAGCAUCAGUCCUGUCUUCACCAGCCCCUUUUAGACUCCGAGGAUACCCACAAAGAGGGGACAGAGAAAGCAGAGGAGCAAUAUGGCCAAAGUUUAUGAAAGCUAGCACAUUAUACAUAGCCUGUUGCCUUAAAAAAAGAUAUAUCCCAAUCCAUUUUUAAGCUGUUCCAAAGAGCUUCUUAAGACUGCUGCUGUUUUCCACUAGAAAAGUUGAAUCAGAUUCUAAUAAGCAACACUGAACUAUUUGAAAUGCUUUUAUGUGCGAGUCCUUUCACUGGUAACAUACUUGAACCAAAUUAGAGACCAAAUCAGGUCAAACUAGAGCUCAGCAAUUGGCAGCCCUAGAGCUGAACUUGCUGUCUCCUGCAUUCCCUUCCAUGCAUCCACCCAGAAGUGAUGUGGAGGACAAGAAAGAAAACCAGGGACAAAAAUCUGUGCACCUGAGGGGUUUUCGGGCCAGCCCCUACACAAAAAACGAGUUUCAAAAGUAAUGGGUGAUGUGGCAUUGGUAAGGAGGAUGUGAAUUGCUCAGGGGGUGUUGCAGAGUAAGCAGAAGCAAAGUAAGAAGCAGCAAAACCCUUCAGUCUUCUAGUCAGAGGCAGGAAUGCACAGCAGAAUUCCUCUUUCUCUUGUAAACUGCUGAAGGUAAUUCAACUCUCUGGGAAUGGGAGAAGUAAGAGAAAUGUGUGUAUGAGCAAGAGGACUAGUAUGUGGACAGACAAGAGUGCAAGAGAGAGGGUUUCUCCCUGUGUUUUCUUCCUCUGGGUCAUUUUAAAGAACACAGAUUAAGGGAAGAUACAUGAGAACAUAAGGACAAGCUGGCAUGGACAGCAGACCACUUGGGGUAUGGAGAAGCUUGGCUCUAUUAUGUAAAGUGCCCCACUGAUAAAACAAGGAUAUAAGCAAUGAGUUCAGCUCUUGAAUGAGCUCUACAUUGGUGUACUUGAGAAUCAGAAUGCUCAGAAGUUCUGUAAAAUAUAACUGUUUUAACUCAGUAUGCAAGUCUCUCUUAUGAGAAUGCAGCUGCUACUCUGUUUAUAUGCCUGAUCUUAACAAUAACAGUGUUCCACCAAUUUCUGAAUGUAAGGACAAUGCAUUUUAAGUGACUUAAAAAUUAACUUCUCUUUAUUAUCAGGGGUUGCCAACCUUCUAUGUCUCUUGGGUAUAUUUGCAAACCAGAGAACCUGUUGUAAGACACACACACACAAGCACAUAUUCUGUUGGCUACAACAGAAUGCUUAUUUCUAAUUUCAGUGGGGGAAGAGGAGAACAAGAGGGUACUGGUUGUCAGGGAAGCCCAGUGCCACAGGGGCUGUGUUGAUGAUCACUUAAUGUUGAUGAUGUAUUAAGGUUAAGUUAAUUUAUUUAAAAUAAAUGUUACUUUUCUUUGUACAGCCAUUAACAGU